AUGCAUCGAUCGCACUCCUUCACAGGCGCGGCGAACCCGCACAUGCAUCUCCUGCACAGAAUAGAGCACCCGUUACUGUCACCCUCUGCCUCGGCCAAUCCCCCGCUAGCCUUCGUCCUCUGCACUGUUUCGCUCUUCCCAGUCGCGUCGCUGAAGGGCCGCCAGUCGCUAUUCGCAUGGCUGCUGCUCGCGUCGUCUCUCACGUGCCUCUUUUUCUUCUCCGGCUUUAAUCACCUUCACCUGCGCGUCCGCUCCGCCGCCUCCGCCGCCUCCUCCCGCGCGACCCCCGCGCCGCUCCCUCCGCUCACCCGCGAGGAGUACUGCGCGUCCCCGCCUGCUGCGCGGGGCGCCUCGCGCGGAGAAUCUCCGGAGUCGGUGCUUCGGCGGUGGUCGGAGGGGAGCAGCGGCGCCGACGGGCCUGCUCGGCUCCGGGGGAACUCCCCUGGCGGUGCACCAUCGAGCAGAGCGAUAGACGCGGUUGGGGGGAUGGGAGAACGGCAACAAGGGAAGGCGCCGAUCUGCUCAAAGUGCAGAACGCUCCAGUCCGUCCUCGAGGCGGCCGUGCAGUCCGCUAUUAGCGCUGCUGCCGCCGCCAACGGCGCUUCCGCAGGCGGCGGGGGCGGCAUGACCAUCGCUGACGACACGGCGGCGGCGGGCGAGGAGUUCGCGGAGGACGCGGAGUCGGCGUCGCCCGCGCAGCUGCUGGCGCGCGCCGCACGGCGGUCCGUGAUCGUGGUGUCGUUCAACGAGGCGUGGGCGCCCAUGAUGCGCUUCUUCCUCGCGCGCCUGCGCGCCGUCGAGCGCGCGGAGCGGAGCGCGCGCGACCACAGGAAGGCGGAGGGGGAGGGAAGGGGAGAAGAGGAGGGGAGCGGCGGAGAUGAUACUCGAACGCGCGCAGGGGUUGAAGGGAUGGAGAGGGAAAGCGAGCGGAGGACAGCGGAGAGGUAUCAGACGGGGGGAGACGGAGACGGGGAGGGGGAAGCAGGGGCGGAAGAGGGCGCGUAUAGCUCUGCGCUGGGAGAGCUGGUGGCGCGGCUGGUGGUAGUGGCAUAUGACGACGCGAGCUUCGAGGCGUGCUGCGCCAUGGGGCUCAACUGCUACAUGGACUGGCAGGAGGACGCGCCUCACAGAGAGGACCUGGGCGGCGGGCAGAAACACUUCAUGACGCGCGCUUAUAUUCACCUGGUGUGGCGCAAGGUGCAGGUGGUGGCUCACAUGCUAUCACUGGGCUACGAUGUGCUCUUCACUGACUCCGACAUCCUCUGGCUGCGCAACCCACUGCCGCUGCUCUGGCGCCGCCCGCACGACCUGCAGAUGUCCGCCGACUGGUGGUCGCCCAACCCACGCUCGGUUGUGGCCAAUGGGGGGUUCUAUGCGGCCCGGGCCAACAGCCGCACACUGCGCUUCUUCAGUGACUGGCUCGCGUGGCACAGAAGGUGCCCCCAGUUCCGCAUACAGCAGGUGUUCAACUGGAUCCGCCCUGAGGCCAACCCCUUCACACGCGUGGCCUCGCCGCUGCUGCUGCGCUACCUGCCCACCAACCAGUUCGGGGGCUUCUGUGAGAUGGGCCACUCGCUCUCCACGCUGCUCACCGUGCACGCCAACUGCUGCCCGGGGCUCGGGAACAAGCUGCCCGUGCUGAAGCAGCUCGCGGCUGACUGGGACUUUUUUUCGGCGCUGCCCGUGGCUGCCCGGGAGGGGAUGGAGGAGAGGGGGUUUGAGUGGAAGGGGCGGAACUGCUCAACCAACUGGAACACGCUGCCCCGCGACACACCCGUGGAAUCUUCUUAA